GAAAGUAUCUACCUCCAACACAAGUUUCAUCUCAUGCACUGAGAGAAAAACAGCUAGACAGAUAACAGAGAGAAGUGACCCUGUGGCUGUGUUGUCACUAUAGCUAUAAAGCGUAAACAGUUCUAGUGCCCUUACUAUCUUUUUUGUGUGUGUCGCCAGUGCUUGUUUCAAGAACUUUGUGUCUUAAAAGAGUUUUCCAUUAAGAGUCUAGAUUACUGUGAUCAUUCCAGGUUCUGGGUUCCUGCUCAAAUUUCCAUUUCUUGAUUCUUCACAAGCUACCAGGUCAUUUCUAUCAGUAUAUGCUAUUGUUUUGCUUAGUUUCUCACUAAAAAGGUACAGACAUCUCCAGUUUCCUGUAGUAUUGAAUCAGUUGUACUGGUUUUUGGAUUGGUUGUUGAAGUCCUUAUCUCAAAAUUUGGAAAUGUUUCCGAGUGGAAACAUAUAAGCUCAACUCUCUUGUCUCAUUACUUUCAUUGUUUAUAGUGUCUAAAACUAGGAAAGACGCUGUUGUUUUACAAUGCUUUCCGCAAAAUCUGAAUCUGAUAUUACUAGUUUAGCUCCAUCUUCACCUUCAAGGUCUCCAAAACGUCCUGUAUAUUUCGUACAAAGCCCUUCAAGGGACUCACAUGAUGGAGACAAGUCGUCUUCUAUGCAACCAAGUCCAAUGGAGUCACCUUCACACCCUUCUUAUGGUCGCCACUCAAGGAACUCGUCGGCUAGUAGGUUUUCAGGGAUCUUUAGGUCCUCUUCAGGGAGAAAAAGUGGUAGUAGGAAAAGAAAUGAUAAUAAGGGGUGGAAUGAUAAGGGGUGGCCUGAGUGUAAUGUUAUCAUGGAAGAAGGGAACUAUGAUGAUGAGGAUAAAGCGUUUACCAGAAGGUUUCAGGCCUUGAUUGCUCUGUUAAGUUUUGUGUUUUUGUUUACAGUUUUUUGCUUGAUUAUAUGGGGUGCUAGCAGGCCUUACAAAGCAGAGAUUACAGUCAAGAGCUUGGUCGUAAAUAAUUUUUAUGUUGGGGAAGGUACUGACUCCUCUGGUGUUCCUACAAAGCUGCUUACAGUGAAUGGUUCAUUAAGGAUGAGUGUUUACAACCCUGCUACACUAUUUGGCAUUCAUGUCAGCUCCACACCAAUCAAUCUUGUAUACUCAGAGGUCCCCAUCGCAACUGGUCAGUUGAAGAAAUACUAUCAGCCAAGAAAGAGUCGCAGGACUGUAUCAGUGAUUGUGGAAGGAAAUAAGGUUCCUUUGUAUGGAGCUGGAUCAAGUCUAACAGUUUCACAAACUGGUAUUGUAGUUCCAUUGACACUGAAAUUUGAUAUUAAAUCACGAGGCAAUGUGGUAGGAAAGCUGGUCAGGACAAAGCAUCGAAGACAAAUUUCCUGCCCCUUGGUCAUUGAUUCUAGCAGCUCUAAACCUAUCAAGUUCAAGAAAAAUACAUGCACCUAUGAUUGAGGUCCUUCUGCCAUGCUGCGAACUAUGGCGGUGAUGGCUCUGUGGUAUCACUCUGUGAAUACAGCAUCUUGAGUUGCUGUGCUUGCAUGAAUUCCAUUUUAUUGAAGAGAGAAAUCGAUUCAAGUGAAAUUUCCCUCUUUCAUUCUCGGCUUGUUCCCUUGUUUAAGAUAUGUGGUAAUAAAUGUGUAUUUGUAUGAAUGUGUGCAUACUGUAUGAAAGAGCCGAAAGUGAUAGAUGUAAGAAAGAUUGCAUGUAUAUUGUUUCGAAGUGAGAUUAAUGUUGUUGUUGAACGAAAA